GGGGCUGCCCCGCGCCGGGCUCGCCCUCUAGCCUGCCCGCCCCGUGCAUGGCCCAGCUAUGGAGGUGGUGGACGAGACGGAGGCUCUGCAGCGCUUCUUCGAAGGUCACGAUAUCAAUGGAGCUCUGGAGCCUUCCAACAUUGAUACCAGCAUUUUGGAAGAGUACAUCAGCAAGGAAGACUCACCAGAUAUAUGUUUCCCUGACAUCCCUGCCUCAGCCAGCUAUGCACACGCCCAGCCUUCCAGUUCUGCCACUGCCAAUGCUUCUGUGGCCAGCUCGAUCUCCAGUGCUGGCCAUGUGAACAACCCAGUGUCCACAGGCUCACUCCACCUUGGUCCCCUGGGUAGCCAAGUCCCGGUCCGUCAUGGUCCUCUUUUGCCCAACCCCUGUGGACCCAGCUACAGUGCUCACCUUAACUGCAAUAAUAACAAUGGCAUGGUAGUGCCCAAGGGGUACCACAGCGGCCACUGCCUGAACAACGUGGUCCCUCCAAUCAAAGCGGAGCCCAAGGCCUCCUACGCACCUGGCACUUUACCCGACUCUCCCCCGGACUCCGGAUCAGAAGCGUACUCCCCUCAGCAGGUGAAUGAUCCUCACCUCCUUCGGACCAUGACCCCCGAGAACAUGUGCCACAUGACCCCCCCUUCCCGGUUGGAGCACCCUCCUCCACCUCCUCCACCCCCACCUCCUCACCUCCAGGGCCCCCCACCUCCUCCACCGCCUCCACCCCAUCCACACCAGCCGCUGCCGCACAACCCCCACUAUCCCAGCAUGCAGCGGGACAUGUACAUGAAGGCUGAGCCGCUGAUGCCACCAUAUGGCAUGGGGCAGGGUGUGUCGCCUGGUGAUCUCCACCAUGCCCAGCAGUCCCAGAUGCUUCACCAGUUACUGCAGCAGCACGGAGCUGACCUCCCAGUGCACCCCACCAAGAAGAGGAAACACUCCGAGUCGCCCCCCAAUACCCUUAAUGCGCAGAUGCUCAACGGGAUGAUAAAACAGGAGCCAGGUAUGGGGUCUGUGCCACUCAGCCUUGACAGAGUCCAAACGCCUCCCUGGCACCAACAGGGGGCACUCUCACCAGGCCUGGUUCAAGAUAACGACAGCCUAAAUGGCUCUUACCUGGAUCCCAACUACCAGUCCAUAAAGUGGCAGCCACAUCAGCAGAACAAGUGGGCAACUCUGUACGAUGCCAACUACAAGGAGCUCCCUAUGCUAACGUAUCGGGUGGAUGCAGACAAAGGGUUCAACUUCUCAGUGGGUGAUGAUGCCUUUGUGUGCCAGAAGAAAAACCACUUCCAGGUCACAGUGUACAUCGGCAUGCUUGGAGAUCCCAAGUAUGUGAAGACGCCAGAGGGCUUGAAACCCCUCGAGUGCUUCUAUCUGAAGCUGCAUGGAGUCAAGCUAGAGGCCUUGAACCAGUCGAUCAACAUAGAACAGUCGCAGUCUGAUCGUAGCAAACGUCCCUUCAACCCUGUCACGGUCAACCUGCCUUCUGAGCAGGUUACAAAGGUCACUGUGGGGCGGUUGCACUUCAGCGAGACCACAGCCAAUAACAUGAGGAAGAAAGGCAAGCCUAACCCUGACCAGAGGUACUUCAUGCUGGUUGUGGCCCUGCAGGCACAUGCCCAAAGUCAAAACUACACGCUCGCAGCCCAUAUCUCUGAGCGCAUCAUUGUCAGAGCCUCAAACCCAGGACAGUUUGAGAGUGACAGUGAUGUUCUCUGGCAGCGGGCUCAGCUCCCUGACACAGUCUUUCACCAUGGCCGAGUUGGCAUCAACACCGACCGUCCUGAUGAAGCCCUUGUAGUUCACGGCAAUGUGAAAGUCAUGGGUUCACUGAUGCACCCAUCCGAUAUCCGCGUGAAAGAGGACAUCCAGGAGGUGGACACCACUGAACAGCUGAAGAGGAUCUCCCGUAUGCGCCUGGUGCACUAUAACUAUAAGCCAGAGUUUGCUGCCACCAUGGGGAUUGAAAAUACCCUAGAGACAGGUGUCAUUGCUCAGGAAAUAAAAGAGAUUCUCCCAGAAGCUGUGAAAGACACUGGGGACCUGGUGUUUGCCAAUGGGAAGACCAUUGAGAACUUUCUGGUGGUGAAUAAGGAGCGGAUCUUCAUGGAGAACGUUGGGGCUGUGAAGGAACUUUGCAAAUUGACCGACAACUUGGAGACCCGCAUCGAUGAGCUGGAGAGGUGGAGUCACAAACUGGCUAAGCUCAAGCGCUUGGACAGUAUGAAGUCGACUGUCAGCUCUGGGACCUUCAGCCAAGCAGGAAGUCAGUUCAGCCGUGCAGGAAGUGUUCCCCACAAAAAGAGGCCCCCCAAAAUGGCUAGCAAGUCCCCGUCUCCUGUCACAGAACAAGCCUGCAUCAGCCAACGCUUCCUCCAGGGUACCAUCAUCGCUCUGGUCAUCAUCAUGGCAUUCAGUGUGGUGUCCAUGUCCACUCUGUACGUGCUGAGCUUGCGCAAUGAGGAGGACUUGGCAGAUAUUGAUGGAUCAAAUCAGAACUUUGACAAGACGGAGGUUGUACAUUCCACUAUGUCACCCAGUGCACCCAGCAAUGGAGCUCCCUUACACAUCACAACAAACAUGCACAACGUGCCACAUGGCAUGUCCAGCCAAAGUGUGCUAGCAUGCUUCAGCCCUCCAUGCUUCUCCACCUGCUGUUCUGCUACUCCCACCAAUGCAUCCUCUGUUGCUGUCUCUGAGACCAGCCCCACACAUGCCACCAACCGGAUGGACCAAAGCCACACAUCACUUCUGCCAGUGACGAAUAUCAAAGCCAAAUCCAGGGGCAUCACUGGGAAAGUGAUGUCCCACACAAAGUGGACAAAGAACCCUGAGAGAUCGCAGGGCUUUGGCAGCCCCAAUGCCAGCCCGUCCUCCCCCUUCACCCACAUCCAGAGCAAGUCCAAGUACAUCUCCCAGCUCUCACUGUCCCGCAACAGCUUCCCACAAGGGCAGGCCCGGCAGCAACGCAGCGUCAGCCUAUCGGGGAGUGAGCGGCCCCAGGUGGCAGGCUCAAGCCCUUUGCUCCACUCCAUACAGAUCGUAGAAAUUGGCAUGGCCAUCACAUCCCAGUACUGUGCAACUAGCGACACAUGCAGGAUGGGAAACCUCACCUACCGUAUUCCCAUCAGCCAGCUCACAGCAGUGAACACCAACAUGACCUUGGAGAUGAAUGCCUCUUCGGCUGUGUCCAUCUACCUUUGUGGCAUUAACUCCAGCAGCCCGUGUCAGGAUGCCGUGAGUGUCGACAGCUCCACCAGUACAACAGGGACCCAGGAAAGGAUGCACCGUUGGCCUAUAGUAAUGCUGUCAUUCCAGGAAUUCACCUACCACUUUCGGGUAGCCUGGCCUGGCCACACCAACUGCAGCGCCACAACUGAGCAAAUGGGACAUCAUUUCACUGACUAUUAUUUUCAGUUUUAUUGGCUCUGCAAGUGAAUCCUGGCAGCACCAGUGCCCUUUAAUGGGAGAGAGGAAGGGAACUGGUGAAAUCUUCUAGACUGCUCCAUACCUUCCUCUGAGAAACUCCCAAGUCCCAAUGUGCUCCUGCCUUCCUCUCUAGACUCCAAACUGGAGACAACAUAGACACUGAGUGCAAAACAAGCAAGGAACAUGGAACAGUGCAACUGUGCCACGAUACCUAUAAACACCAUAUCCCACAAUGCCCCGAGGAAC